AUGUCGGACACGACGCUCAGCAACGUGUUCUGGGGCCACAGCGCCGGUGUCCUCGUGCUCUCUAGCUCCGGUCUCUUAUGGCGCAGCCGUGCCACUGAAGGGCAGAAGAAGCUGCUGAAAGACGACAUUGUCACGCUCUUGUGGACGCCAGUGGGGCCCAAGACGCACCAUUUGAAAGUGUACCAAAAAGGCGGUACGUACGUUCGGUUUACCGGUUUGAAAGCUCACGACGUCGCGCAACUUAAGCUCCACGUCGAGCGGUAUUUCGACCGGGAACUCGAGCAAGAGAAAGUUGCUGCAAGCGGCGGGAAUUGGGGCAUGAUGAAAUUUGAAGGCCCUAACUUGAAUUUUCGCGCCACGCACGCCAGUGUGAUGGAGCUCCCAUUGGAGCAGAUUUCGCAAUGCGCUCUGCCUGGAAAGCACGAAGUGGAGCUGCAAUUCCACGAAGAUGACACUGUUGCUGGCGACGAGGAGACGCUCGUGGAGAUGCGGCUGUACUUGCCUCCCAGUGACGGACGUGACGGUGAUGAUGACGGUGUGACUGCCGAAGACUUUCGUCAACAAGUGCUGGAAAAAGCCAAUAUUCGCAGUGUGAUGGGCAAGAGCAUCGUGGACCUGGACGAGACGAUUGGCACGUUCUUGACGCCUCGCGGGCGCUACGGGGUGGAGAUCUAUGGCUCGUUCUUGCGCAUGCACGGCAAGACGUUUGACUAUAAGAUCAUGUACUCGAACAUCAAUCGGUGCUUUCUCUUGGAGCUCCCGAACGGGAUCAACACGGCGUUUGUCAUUAGUUUGGAAGAACCGAUUCGACAGGGGAAACAGGGCUAUCCGCACUUGGUGCUGCAGCUGAGCAAGAACGACGUGCACAUUGACGUGCACUUGUCCAGUGACGAGAUUAAAAAGUACAAUGGGAACAUCCACGAACGCAUGUCGGGCGCUCUGCCGCAGAUUGUCGCGACGCUGUUCAAGUUUAUUAUUGGCAAGAAAGUGUACACGUCGGGCAAGUUUAAGACGCACAGCGGCGACCGGGCGGUCAAGUGUGCAGUCAAGGCGCAGAGCGGCGUGUUGUUCCCGCUGGAAAAGUCGUUUAUGUUUAUUCACAAGCCCACGACGUUUAUUCGCUACGAGGAGAUUGACUACAUUGAGUUCCAGCGCUACGCUGGACAGAGCGGGUCGUCAGCGAGUCGGAACUUUGAUCUGCUCGUGAGCUGCAAGUCCGUGGGUGGUGAGGCCGCUCGGGAGUACCUUUUCUCGGCAAUUGAUCGGCGCGAGUUCCCCGAGCUCAGUCAGUUUUUGACGUCGAAGAAGCUGCGCAUUCGGAACCUCAAGGAAUCCCACGCUGCGGGGGCCCCAGCAGGCUCAAAGAAGCGCGACUUUAAUGAGUAUCUCGAGGAUCUGGGUCCGGAAGAAGGGGAGAUUGAAGACGAGGAGGACGAGGAAGACUCGGACUUUGGACCUGGCGAUGCUUCAGGGAGCGAGUCGAGCGAUUUCAGUGACGAGGAGCUCAGCGGAAAAGAAUCGGACGGAGAAGACGGAGCUGCAGCUAAGGACGGGGCUGAUUUGAAGCAGGACACGAAGAAGAUGAAGAAAAAGAAGCUGAAGAAAAGCAAGCACAAGUCGAGCAAAGACGAGUAG